GUCGAGAAGAAGAAGGAGGGAUCCUGGGAAUUGGUGAGUAUUCGCUCCACACAGGUCUGCGACUGUCCUCAGGACCUGAAGGAAAAAUCGAGAAGGACUUGCAGGACGAGUCGCAGUGCAAGAUGCUGACGAUGCUUCCAAUGAGAAAUUGGAAAGAGUGCGAGGCCGUGCCAAGCUCCUUGAGCUCGCUCGUAGCCGCCAUCGUCCCUGGGCACUUGCGCAAGCUGAACACGGUCUUUGAAAUUUCGGGGCUUCACAUCGUGGGGUUGAGCUCGGUGCGCUCGGAGUCUGAUGAGUGGAUCUUACCCAGCUGUGCAACGUGCAGACGGGCUUACCCCUGCCAGGCACACCCGAAUGCCGCCGAGGAGAGCCGCCUGGCUCUGCGCGCCGUCUUUGUGGACAGCGACUGCCAAUGCAGCAUGAUCCUCUACCACGACACCAUCACGUCGUGCGUGAACGUGGGGAAGGUCUUGGAGUUCAAGGACACUCCCCAGCUGCGGAAGGAACUGCUGGAAGGCUUCCGAAGCGCUCUGUGGCGUGCCAAGGUGACGUUCCGCGAGAACGAUUACCAUCAGGUCCUGGAGUUAGAGUGUCGCCAUCUCGAGCGCUUCUUGAGCUUCGAUGCGGCCAACCCUGACGUCUCGGCCGCCCAGCUCGACCUUCCACGUUGCUUCCUGGGAGGUGGUUGUCCGGUGGCUCCUCUGCGCGAAGUCAAAAGGGACACGGACCUUGGCGUUCUUUCGGUGCACAACAUCGACGCUUCCUCGGUCCGGGCUCUGGUCAUGUUCAACAACGUCACGCUGCCCGACGACGAGACGGUCCAGAAGGAGAUGCAGGCGACGUCGGCCAUGAGAAUAAAACGUUCCGUGGACUGCCUGCUGUCUGGAACGUCAGAGCCCUUCCAGAGCAAGAUCCGCGCGGCUGGCCCGGCGUCCGCUGUGACCUGGCUGCUCCGAGGGCCUCCCCAAGAGGUGCACCACGUCGUUCUCAUGCAAACCGAAACCGUGAACGAGUACGCGAUUCUGUCCCACGUGCUCGUCAAGCCAGAGGCGGUCGACUCUGUGAUGUCGUACUAUCGUUACAUCUGCUCCCAGCAGGAGGACACCGAAGAGCUGUCCUUCGAGAGCACGCUAACGCCUGCGAAGCGCAUUAGGACGCUGCGCGAAAGUAUGCCGACGCCGUCCAAGACCAGCGGUGCUUGGCAGGACCAGUGA